AUGGCCCGUAGCCAAACACCGCAAGGCAGCCUGCGGCAGAGAAACGUUGGCUCCAAAAAGGCCGACUCGAGCACCUCCGCCGUUGACGUAGAGCUCGACAAGCUUGCCAAAGCCUCAAUUAAGAAGAAUGCAUCCAAUUGCGAGCGCGAUCACUGGGCUGCCUUCUCCUUGACCACCAUUCUGGCUUUUGUCACCAGAUUCUGGGGAAUUAGCCACCCCAAUGAGGUGGUGUUUGACGAAGUUCACUUUGGCAAGUUCGCCUCAUACUACCUCGAACGAACCUACUUCUUCGAUGUGCAUCCUCCCUUUGCCAAGCUUCUGUUUGCCUUCAUGGGCUGGCUGGUGGGCUACGAUGGUCACUUCCAUUUCGAAAACAUUGGUGAUUCCUACAUUGACAACAAAGUGCCUUAUGUGGCAUUCCGAGCUCUCCCUGCCAUCUUGGGCGCCUUGACUGUGUCUGUUACGUAUCUCAUUAUGUGGGAGUCGGGUUAUAGCGUUCCUGCUUGCCUCAUUGCCGCUGGUCUGGUUCUAUUUGACAACGCCCACAUUGGCCAGACUCGACUGAUUCUUCUUGAUGCUACUUUGGUCCUGGCUAUGGCAUGCAGUCUGCUCUUCUACAUCAAGUUUUACAAGCUUCGUCACGAGCCGUUCAGUCGCAAGUGGUGGAAAUGGCUCAUCCUGACCGGCUUUGCCCUGUCUUGCGACAUGUCCACCAAGUAUGUCGGUACCUUCGCCUUCGUCACCAUUGGUGCCGCGGUUAUCAUUGAUCUCUGGGAUCUGCUGGACAUCAAGCGCCCGGGAGGCGCCAUCAGCCUUCCUCAGUUUGGAAGGCACUUUGCUGCUCGUGCUGUCGGCCUCAUUAUUCUUCCAUUCCUGUUUUAUUUGUUCUGGUUCCAGGUCCACUUUGCCGUAUUGUCUCGCUCCGGCCCCGGGGAUGAUUUCAUGUCGCCCGAAUUUCAGGAAACAUUGAGUGACAAUGCCAUGUUGGCGAAUGCGGUCGAUAUUCAAUACUACGACACCAUCACGAUCAAACAUAAGGAGACCAAGGCGUUCCUGCACAGCCAUCCCCACCAGUAUCCCUUGCGUUACGACGAUGGCCGUGUUUCCAGCCAGGGUCAGCAGGUUACCGGCUACCCUCACAAUGAUACCAACAACUAUUGGCAGAUUCUCCCCUCUAGCGACGACAAGCAAAUGGGUCGCAAGGUCAAGAACAAUGAAUUGAUUCGAUUGAGACACGUUGGCACGGACACGGUUCUCCUGUCACACGACGUAGCUUCCCCCUACUAUCCUACCAACCAAGAGUUCACCACUGUUUCUCAGGAUGAUGCCUACGGCAGUCGCGUCAACGACACCUUGUUUGAGAUUCGGAUUGAGAACGGCAAGAACGGCCAGGAGUUCAAGACGAUUGCCAGCUACUUCAAACUCAUUCACUUCCCCAGCAAAGUUGCCAUGUGGACUCACACCAAGCCUCUGCCUGAAUGGGGUUCCCACCAGCAGGAAAUCAACGGCAAUAAGCAGAUCGCCCCCAGCUCUAACAUCUGGUUGGUUGAUAAUAUUGCGUCUCUGGCUGCCGACGAUGCCCGACGAGAGAAGCCGGAGCGCAAAGUCAAGACUUUGCCGUUCCUGCGCAAGUGGUUUGAGCUUCAGCGAGCCAUGUUUUACCACAACAGCAAGCUGACCAGCAGUCACCCUUACGCCAGCCAUCCUUAUCAGUGGCCAUUCCUGUUGCGCGGCGUCAGUUUCUGGACACAGAACGACACCCGCCAGCAGAUCUAUUUUCUUGGGAACCCAAUCGGCUGGUGGCUUGCCAGCAGCUUGUUGGCUGUCUACAUUGGGAUUGUUCUCGCUGAUCAGAUCUCUCUGCGCCGAGGCAUCGAUGCAUUGGACCACCGUACGCGUUCCCGCUUGUACAAUUCUACUGGCUUCUUCUGGGUUGCAUGGGCCACCCAUUACUUUCCGUUCUUUGUAAUGGGCCGGCAGCUUUUCCUACACCACUAUUUACCUGCUCAUCUUGCCUCCUGCCUAGUCGCCGGUGCGCUCAUCGAGUUUGUUUUCAGUGCAGAACCAGUUGACGAGACCAGAGGCCCCAGGAAGAGCCCCAAGAAGCACCUUACGGCGCGCGAGAGACUAGCUGGCCAGAGCAUGAUGGGAGCUUGGAUUGCCUGUGGCGUGGUGCUGACCAUUGUCAUUGCUGGCUGGUGGUUCUUCCUCCCAUUGACAUAUGGUUACCCCGGUUUGUCCGUUGAGCAGGUUGUCCGAAGGAAGUGGCUGGGCUACGACUUGCACUUUGCGAAAUAA